CGGAUCGUUCUCUUCUAAACGGAAGUAGCGCGACAUUUAAAUCUCUCUCUAGAGAACGGUGACCGGGUGAGGCGGCGGCGGUGACGAUCGGACGAUGAUGCAGGACCCAGAGAGGAGAUUAUCGGCAUGGAAGUGCUCAAAAACUGCCUUAAAUGAGGAGGAAGCAAUAAGUCUCCUGCAGGAAUUUGCUGAGCAGAGACGCAAAGCACGUGAAAAGGACCCAGAAGUAAAACGUGUGAAGAACAAGUACAGUUUAAAAGCCCCGACUUACCCGUCUCCUGGUAAUGUCCUCCAUACAGGCAAACAACUUCUACGUACACCCGGUCCUGGCAUUUUGCCCCUUCUGCCCUCUCAGCAGUUUGAGCCAAGAAGAGCUGAGGAGUCAUUCAGUUUAUUUGCCAUUAAAGCUACAGACAACAUGGUGCCGUGUGGCCGUCAGCUGGAACGCACUCCGACACGUGUGAACGCUCUGAGAGAAAUUCAGGUUAAUACUAAAGAAGGGGAAACUUUCAGAAGCCUAAAUAAAAGUGAACAGGAUGGGAAGAGCUUAAUAAUGUGCAAAGCAUCGGAAGGGGAAAUGACAAGAAGUAAGCGCCAUGAGGAAAGCUGUGUGACUACUGAAGUAAUGGCCGACCUAGAGAAUGGGGUUUUGACUGCCCAGAAGGAGCUAAAUGAAGGUACAGAAGCUUGCAGCCAGCCCCUGAUGCAAAAUAGGAGGAUAAGUGAAAUGCCGGUUACAGGAUUAAAUCAGAUGCGUAUAUCUGGUGUGCUGAAAAAGUUGUCUGGAUACGAGUGUCGAAAUGAAGACCUAGAGUUUCUCAAGCAUGUGGCAAACCAAGAGAAAGCUAAAGUGUUAAAGAAAAAAUUACUGUGUAUAAGAAAAAAUCUCACUGCCACAAACCAAGAAAGAGAAUUGACCUUGGCCAAAAAAGAAAAGAUUGAGGAUGACAUUGAGAAGAUGAAACUUUCAUAUGAGAGGACCGUGCAGCUGGGAAGAGCGCUGCUGAGCAGGACGCAGGAUCCAUCCAAGGCUGGAGAUCUGUCACCGGAUCAUGUACUCAUGCAGUUAAACUCCAUGACCAUUCACACUGUGCAUCAGCAGACUAGGCUACAGCUUGCGGCAGCUGAGAAAGAACUGGCCAGAAGACGUCAGGAAGCUGCCGACAGGAGGAGUCUGACUGACAACCAAAAGAGAUCCUUGACUUUGAAGGUGGAGUCCAAUAUGCAGCAUGUCAAGGAGACACAAUAUAGAAUCCAGCAGCUAAAGGAAGAAGUGGUCACAUUGACAACCCAGAUCAGACAGACAGAAGAAAAUAAAUCUGAGCUAGAGGCAAGAACACAAAAAAUGAGACGGCAAAUAAGUUACUGUCAGAAACAUUUGAAGCAGAACAAUGAGAUGUCUGAGGAGGAAAGAGAGAAGAUGAAGCGCAGAUUACAAAGGAUCCUCCGUAGGAAAGACAACUAUCUAGAGCGAGAGAGGAUCCUUCAGAGGCUGAAAGAAGAGCUCAAGUGACUCCGGAAUAGAGCGGCGUAGCCUUAUACAAGGAGGUGCCCUAAUAAUAUUGUGCGGACUGUAAAGGACGGUAGAACUGUAUAUAAGAUUACAGUAUUCAUCAGAAGUGUGGCCAGAUCCCAGGAACCAGCAUUACCAUGUUCUCCUACAGUUCAUACAUUUAGUGACCGCCUCUUGUCUGGCUCCUGGAUUCUCCAUUUUGUCCACACGUCUAUAACUUCCUGCUGUGCACGGAUGUUUAACCACUCUCUACAUUACUGAUGUCAUUAGGUUUUAAAUAAAUCUGAAGCUUCUGUUUAAAAUCCUAAAAUCUUACAGUUCACUCUGGCCACGGA